AUGGACAACGUGUACAACACCUCGUCCAUCUUGGUGUUAAAGGGCUUUAAUCUCCCCGCUGAAUCUGUCCUCCCUGCGUUCCUCUUUGCCACCUUGGGCUACAUGAUCAUCCUCUUCUGUAACCUCAUGCUGAUCCUCACCAUCGUGCUGAACAAAUCUCUGCACCACCCCAUGAACCUGGUGCUGCUGAAUCUGCCCAUCCAUGACCUUAUCGGGGCCUCGGCUUUCUUCCCACAGAUCAUAAAGGAGAUACUGACGGACAGCAGAACUCUGCAGUACUCCACCUGUGUGGUCCAGGCUUUUUUUAUCCACAUUUAUGCAGGAGGGACAAUCUUCACUUUGACUUCCAUGGCCUAUGAUCGAUAUAUAGCCAUAUGCUGUCCUCUGAAAUACAACUCCAUAAUGAAUAAUGCUCAGAUCAUGAGGCUCAUCACAGGUGUGUGGGUGAGUAAUUUAGCAACCAUGGGUGUGCUUUUCAUCCUGCUUUUACGUCUGCCCCGCUGUCGAUCUGAACUCUCACACCCCUACUGUGACAACCCCAGCCUGCUAGCUCUGGUCUGCGCCGACACAACCAUCAACAACAUCUACGGGCUGCUUUUGGUGGCUGUCUCACAGGUGGUAGCCAACGGCAUGAUUCUGUACACGUAUCUGCAGAUCCUUAAAGCAUGUUUCACGUCCAAACAUAGAGACACAAAAGCCAAAGCUCUACAGACGUGUGCCACACACCUGGCAGUUUUCCUCCUGCUGGAAUGUCUGGGCCUUUUCACCAUCAUCUCAUACAGGAUAAAAAGCAUUUCACCUCAUCUGAGGAGGUUUUUGGGGAUGUCGACUUUAAUUUUCCCCCCAGCUUUGAAUCCUAUUAUAUAUGGACUGAGAACUAAAGACAUUAGAGAAAAAAUGGUGCACUUCUUUAAGAAAAAAAUCUUCCCAUCCUAA